UCUCUUUUUUUGGCAGUUCCAGGUGGCUUGGAAAAACGCUAUAGCUGUUGUGAGGGAAUAGUUGGAUCUUCUGGGUGUCAGGUUGCAAAGCUUCAUGUUCAUGAUGGGAGAAGGGAGAACCUGGAAGGCUUCAUGAAGACAUUUAUUAAAUCACCUCCUUUUGAUGGAAACUAUGGUGUAUAUGCUCUGGACUGCGAGAUGUGUUACACAACACAAGGCUUGGAGCUUACUAGAGUGACAGUGGUUGAUUCUAAGCUUCAGGUUGUCUAUGAUUCAUUUGUUAAACCAGAUGGUGAAGUCAUAGAUUACAAUAUGAGAUUCUCUGGAGUAACAGAGGAUGAUCUGAAGAAUACCACAACAUCUCUUCGGGAUGUACAAGCAAUACUGCUAAACUUGUUCAGUGCAGAUACAAUUUUAAUUGGACACAGCUUAGAAAAUGAUUUAUUUGCUCUCAAGCUAAUUCAUGACAAAAUAGUGGACACAUCAGUAAUGUUUCCUCAUCGGCUAGGUUUGCCUCAUAAAAGAGCGCUUAAAAGUCUAAUGGCUGACUACCUCAGGAGAAUUAGUCAAGAUGAUGUUGGUGGUCAUAAUUCCAGUGAAGAUGCAAUUGCUUGUAUGGAACUAACACUUUGGAAGGUCAAGGAAGAUAAAGGGAGAAAAUGGUGACUAUUAUGGCUUUGGAGGAGCAGGAGGGGAAAAAUAACAUUGUUUUGGCUCACUAUUCUUUAAUGCUUCAGUACCAAUCAUUUUUCUGAUGUCCAGUGUUGGCCUUGGAUGCUUUAAUGGGAAAAUCUGGUUAUAUCUACUUCUGAACCUUAAAAGGCACAGGAAGGAGAAAAUAUAAAUGCACUAAAUACACACAAGUAAGCUACAUUGAGUAGUUUCUUUUGUGUUAAAUAGCAAGCCUAUGCUGUUUUGUUAAAAUAAUGUUUCUGCAAUCAUCCGUACUACUCUGUGUAGCUGAAAACUAGCAAUUGCAAGAAGUGAAAGUACUAAUUAUUUUAACUUCUGGAUAAAACUUUGGUUUUGUGUCAAGUUUGUUCAGCAUCUGUGAAAUAAAAUUCAAGAGCUCUAGUUUCUGCUAUGUGAAAGUAGGAUUUAAGAUAAAUGUUUUUUUUCCUUUCACUUCCCAUUCUUUUCCACCUCUCUUUCAUCUGCUUCCAGAGGGGGGAGAGAGGGAACUCUGUCACUUUUAACAAACUGCUAUGCUAAUAGAUACAAAAAGACCUAGCAGCAUUAAUGUCAAUGUGACCUCUUCCAGAGCAGCAUAAGCUGGUCUCUUUUAAAUAAUUUGUGCCUACAGGAAGCUUUUAAAUAAUGAAAAAGCAGUGAGGUCUGCUGGCUUUGUUCACUGUAAUCAAAGAUAAGGGCUCCCACAAAGUACAGUAUUUCAGGAAGAAAAUGUGCUCACUGCUUUACCUACAUUUGACUAUUCUCCGGGAUAUAAUUCCCUGCCUCCCACAAAGGAUAUGCUGAAGCAUAUGCUACCUUCAGAGAGGGAAGUAAGUCAAGGAUUUAAAAAGUCUAUUAUUUUGGCUACUUAUUUUUGUGGGAAGGGAAUAGAGGCUCUGAGAUGAAAUUACAUUUUGCGUUGAUUCUUCAAAGACUUUUGAAGAAUGGUAUGGAGGGAAAGAGCACAGAAGUGUUACCAGAAAACAUGAUAAUAGGUUUGCUUGAUUUGAGGC